GGUUCCUAGGGAUGCGCAUCCGGGUCACGCUAACGCCGCGGUUUCCGCCACUCUGUUGGUUCCAGAGUGGGUCCGAAGUAGUCCCAUGUCGUGCUGUGGAGUGUCUGCAGCCGUCUGUUUGUGAAGACCUCAGAGACCUGCAAUCCAGUCACAUAAGUGUGUGAAGAGAUAGUGGUCCUCAUGGAAGAAGAACAAGACCUACCAGAGCAACCGGUGAAAAAAGCCAAGAUGCAGGAACCAGGAGAACAAACUUUAAGUCAAGUAAACAACCCAGAUGCCAGUGAUCAGAAGCCUGAGACAUCCAGCCUUGCAUCAAAUCUCAGUAUGUCAGAAGAAAUUAUGACAUGCACCGAUUACAUCCCUCGCUCAUCCAAUGAUUAUACCUCACAAAUGUAUUCUGCAAAACCUUAUGCACACAUUCUCUCAGUUCCUGUUUCGGAAACCACUUACCCUGGGCAGACUCAGUACCAGACACUGCAGCAAUCUCAACCCUAUGCUGUCUACCCUCAGGCAACCCAAACCUACGGACUACCUCCUUUCGGUGCACUGUGGCCAGGUAUGAAACCUGAAAGUGGUUUAAUUCAGACUCCAUCUCCAAGUCAACACAGUGUUCUUACCUGCACUACAGGGCUAACCACAAGCCAGCCAAGCUCAGCACAUUAUUCUUAUUCCAGUCAAGCUUCAAGCACAAAUGCCAGCCUGAUACCCACUUCAUCUGCAAUUGCCAAUAUUCCAGCAGCAGCCGUGGCCAGCAUCUCAAACCAGGACUAUCCCACCUAUACUAUUCUUGGACAGAAUCAGUACCAGGCCUGCUACCCCAGUUCCAGCUUUGGAGUCACAGGUCAGACUAACAGUGAUACUGAGAACACAGCAUUAGCAGCUACAACAUACCAGACGGAGAAGCAUAGUGCUAUGGUACCUGCACCAGCCACACAGAGGCUUCCCUCUGACUCCUCUACAAGCCCACCUUUGUCCCAGACUACCCCAAAUAAAGAUGCUGAUGAUCAGUCCAGGAAAAACAUGACUGUCAAGAACCGGGGCAAGAGGAAAGCUGAUGCCAGCUCUUCCCAGGACAGUGAAUUAGAACGGGUAUUUCUCUGGGACUUGGAUGAAACCAUCAUCAUAUUUCAUUCCCUUCUUACUGGAUCCUAUGCUCAGAAGUAUGGAAAGGACCCAACAGUAGUAAUUGGCUCAGGUUUAACAAUGGAAGAAAUGAUUUUUGAAGUGGCUGAUACACAUCUAUUUUUUAAUGACUUAGAGGAGUGUGACCAGGUGCAUGUGGAAGAUGUGGCUUCUGAUGACAAUGGCCAGGAUUUGAGCAACUACAGUUUCUCAACAGAUGGUUUCAGUGGUUCAGGAGGCAGUGGUAGCCACGGUUCGUCUGUGGGUGUUCAAGGAGGUGUGGACUGGAUGAGGAAACUGGCCUUUCGCUACCGAAAAGUGAGGGAGAUCUACGACAAACAUAAAAGCAACGUGGGUGGCCUCCUCAGCCCCCAGAGGAAGGAAGCACUGCAGAGACUCAGAGCAGAGAUCGAGGUGCUGACGGACUCCUGGUUAGGAACUGCACUCAAGUCCUUGCUGCUCAUCCAGUCUCGAAAGAACUGUGUGAACGUCCUGAUCACUACUACCCAGUUGGUUCCAGCCCUGGCCAAGGUUCUCCUGUAUGGAUUAGGAGAAAUAUUUCCUAUUGAAAACAUCUACAGUGCUACUAAAAUCGGUAAGGAGAGCUGCUUUGAAAGAAUUGUUUCAAGAUUUGGAAAAAAAGUUACAUAUGUAGUGAUUGGAGAUGGACGAGAUGAAGAAAUUGCAGCUAAGCAGCACAACAUGCCCUUCUGGAGGAUCACAAACCAUGGAGAUCUGGUGUCCCUGCACCAGGCAUUAGAGCUUGACUUCCUCUAAGAACUGGAAUGUGGAACCUUCCUUCCUUGUGAGCUUCUUUUUACCUCCGACAGGAGCCAGAAGCCAGAACCCUCUGAGCCCCUCUCUCCUGUCUGUCUCUGCGCCUCAGCGCCCCUCCCCUUCUCUUCUGCUCUUCCUCUCUCCGUGGAAUGCUGGCGAGAACACAAUCAAAACCAACAACUGCAGUUAUACUGAGUGAGCUGCAGCCCACGUCCACUGCACAGCAGGAGGUGGCUGGAUGGAGCUGCAGGCCAGCUGCAGCUACUGCGCUUUAACUUUCUAUUUCGUUUGAAAGAGGAACAACCAGAAAAACUGAUGCUGGGACAGUUGUACUCUUGCUGCGUGGACAGGCUCAGAGCUGCUCCUGAUCGUGUGCAUGGAAGUGUCCCCUUGAGAUCGUCUUCUGUUCUCUUAGCUAUAAAACAUCUCUCCCAGUGGAUGGGUAUGUUAUUUUUAUAGGUGAGGGUCUGGCCUCUAAAGCAGCCUCCCCCACUUUUCUAUGAAGAAAGCAGUGUGUAAAGUUUCCAUGACAGUGUAAUGGAAAUAUCUAAAAUACCUCCGUGACGGGACCUCUUCUGGACAGGACAGAGGCUCCAGUGCUCUGCUCUCUACGGAGGCUCCUUGCCAUCUAGAGGGCCCUGAUCACUUACUUUAGAUGUUGGCAUCUCCCAUCUUGUAAGCCUCGGUCUUCUUGGCAGUCCUUCAUCUGUAACCAAAUGGCACAACCCUGGAAACUCCUUCCCACAGACAAUAAACCUAAGCCUUUAGCUUGUAAUUCAGAAGCUCAGCCUCCAGACGGGAGAGAAGGGGCUCCAACCUCUUAGGGAUUUCAUCCUUGGUUCCUGAGGUAAGAAUUUGCAGAGCAGUACCUGUCCCCAGCAGAUGCUUCCUCUCUGGUCAGGUGCUGGGCUCCCACUCCCUCUCCUCACCGCCACCUGGCUCCAUGCAGCUCUGGCCAGCCCCUACCCACUACCCACUCAUUUCCAGUCGGAAAGGCCAAGGGCACACUCUACCUGCUUCCUUCCCCUUCACUUACAUGCAGUGAGCCCACCUUGUUUUACACAGAUCUGUGCCUAGGAGUGGAAAGCAGAGAGCGAGAGGCAAAACCCAGUUUCCUGUGAAAUACCCCCUGCACAGAUUCUGUGCUAAAGAGGGAAACCAGGCCAGAAAGACUUUCUUGACUUAAAUGCUUGAAAAUAUAGUCCUGACCUAAGUGCAAAAGCACCUCUCAAGCCAGCCCCUUGCCCCUGCCCCCGCCCCCGCCCCCUAGACAGUUAGGAGGGGAACUGGGUCUCAGUGCCAGCCCUCAAGCCCUGUGUUUUGGUUUUAUUUUGGUUUUUGUUUGGGUGUUUUGUUUUGUUUUGUUUUUUAAGGCAUUAUCCCUUCAGGACCAAUGUUGGUGCCUGUUUAAUUGGGUUAAACUUACCUAGAGUUGAGGAAAUGUACAGCCUUGGUCUUCAGGGGGUCCUUGACCAACCCCUAGCUACAGCCACUGUCCCCAGAGAUACCAUAGCCCAAAGCAAAAUUCCUCUUCAUGCUAGAUUACCAGAUAAGGACAUAAAGGCUGACACACCAUCUUCAGAACUGUUGGACACUUCUGAGUAUUUCUGAGACCAGCAGUUGAGGAAAGGGCUCGGACAGGACAGGAGGCAAGGUUUAGUCCUGGCCACUCAUUUGGCUUUGUUUUGAGGUACAGGGUGGGAGCAAGGAGCUAGAGUCUAAGCCAGACCUUCCUUGUCUGCAGUUAGCACCACACGGCUCUCUCAGUGCAGUGCUGGCUAGCCUGCUUCGGUGGUCCGACAUAGAAAACUCCAGGAUGGGUUUUACUUUCAAGUCUCAAACCCUUCCCUCAGUAACAGUGUAGUUUCUUGUCCUGGAUAAUGCCACCUAUUGGUGUAGUGCCUCAGGCUCACCAGACUGCCAAGUGGUGACAUACCCCUCUGCACACAGGUACCACCACAGACACUUCAGGGGAGACUAUACUUAGAAUAUAACAGGGGAUCCCUUUCCUCUUGCCCUGACUGGAGAGGCCGGGAGGCAUUUUGAGCUAACUGGCUACUGCUCCAGCAGAAGCUGCCCUGUCAGGACAGACAGAGCAGAAGCACAUUGGUGACUCCGGGGACUGCUGCCCUUUGUGCUGCCUCUCUCUCUCCCUCCCACAAGGCUUGGGAAGGGAAAUGAGCACUCAGCAUUAAGAGCUGCUCCAAUAGACAGACAGUUUGGUGCAGUAAUAGCACCACAGCUUGUGCAGAGGCCCGGGGUUUGAGCGCCCACAAGGCUGUUCAUGACCUCUAGCUGCAGCUCCAGAGGGUUUGUUGCCCUCUUCUGGCCUCUUCAGCCACCAAGCACUUAAGAUACAUGUAAGAAAAUACUCAUAAGAUAAAAUAAAAUUUCUUUUAAUAUUAAAAGCUAUUGGAAGUUAGACCUGAAGGAAACUGGGGCUUUCCAUCAUCAGAAGGCAGUCCUUACUGAAGGAACACCUUAAAGAAAUUAGCUGGAGAAUUUCUUUCCCUGCUGGAUCCUGUGUUCUGGAAGAUUAGUCUGGACAUCUCAUGGUGACAGCUAGUUUUAGGAGUGUCUGUGGAGUUGCAGGAAUGUUCUGGGAUACAAGAUGGCUUGACUUUCGAAUGUAAAAGUGACUGUGCCUUAGCAUCACCCUGUCCAGUACCCCUGGGGCAGCUGGUGAUGUCCGCGAGAGUGGAUACCUGCUCCACAUUCUAGGUGCCUAUUUGGGCUUUUGAUUUGGGGGUUUUCUCUUCUCUGCUAGUUGGGUGUCAGAGCUAGUGUCCCAAGAGACUUGGCACAGCUUGUCUGUGGUCCCCCAGACUCAGCCUUCACAGCUUCAAGUAGAAGCUGAUGGGCAAACUGCAGCUGCAAGCACAUGGCGCUUGUGUAGACACUGCUUUGAAUGGGAGUCACAGCUGACAGGAGCACCAGGCAAAGCUCCGUGCUGUCCUGCAAGAGGACAGGUGAGUCUCCGAGUGCCAAGCCUGGGCCUUGUUCCUCGCCCUUGCCCAGGUUGUAGCUGAGGCCCUUCUUGAGAAAGCUUGUGCUCCUUGCUGCUAGAACCUGGUUAGCAGCUAGAACUACCCAGACACAUUCAUUGCAGAUGCCAAGUUGGAAUUCUGAGCUUCCCAAAUAACCACAAGAGGGAAAACUCUUACUUGUGCCCCAGCCUCAUCCCUGGGCCGCUUGCCCUCCCUCUACCCUGAGUCAAUUCUAGUGAGCAUGGCUCCCUGGCUGCCUCCUCACUGAGCAGAACCAUCCCAGUUAAGGGCCAUUUCUACUUGGAUCACCACUCUCCCUCUGGACUCCAGAUGCCUCUUUAGCAGGAAAAGGCAUCAGUUGGGUUGGAUAUGUGUAUUUAUGUGACUGCGGGCAUUUGUGGCUAUAGAGUCCUUGACCAUAAUGUUAUAUGUAAUGGGAACUAUCUUAUAAACUUGAAAAAUAAAGUUUUUAUUUUCUA